GAUAUUUUUUGUUUUAUUCUAUAUCGAUCUAUUUUUGCCGCGAUCGACCCCGAUCCCGCAACAGAAGCCCCCGGAGGGAGAAGUGCUGCGCGCUGUGAUGCGUCUUCCUCUCGCCUCGGCUGCCAGUUUGGAUUGUAGCGCCCGGCUCCGUGCACUGCGAGGAUGGCUCGGUUUGGGGAUGAUCUGCCAACCCGCUAUGGAGGUGGAGGGCCGGCCGGGGCUGGAAGAGGGAGCAGCCGGCAAGGUGGCCCCCAAGCCGGCCAAAGGAUGUAUAAACAGUCGAUGGCUCAGAGAGCCAGGACUAUGGCUCUCUACAACCCCAUCCCUGUCAAACAGAACUGCUUCACAGUCAACAGAUCCCUCUUCAUCUUCAGUGAAGAUAAUGUUAUACGGAAAUACGCCAAGCGAAUAACAGAGUGGCCUCCAUUUGAAUACAUGAUUUUAGCUACAAUCAUAGCCAAUUGUAUUGUGCUGGCUCUGGAACAACAUUUGCCGGAUGGAGACAAGACACCGAUGUCAGAGAGACUGGACGACACCGAGCCGUACUUUAUUGGAAUAUUUUGUUUUGAAGCUGGUAUCAAAAUCAUCGCUCUGGGCUUUGUUUUUCACAAAGGCUCUUACCUGAGGAACGGCUGGAACGUGAUGGAUUUUGUCGUGGUCCUAACAGGGAUCCUGGCGACUGCUGGCACAGAUUUUGACCUGCGGACCCUGCGAGCGGUGCGGGUGCUGCGGCCGCUCAAACUCGUGUCGGGAAUCCCAAGCCUGCAGGUUGUCCUCAAGUCCAUCAUGAAGGCCAUGGUGCCCCUGCUGCAGAUUGGGCUGCUCCUCUUCUUUGCCAUCGUGAUGUUUGCCAUCAUUGGGCUGGAGUUUUACAUGGGCAAAUUCCACAAAACCUGCUUUUCCAACGAGACAGGUGAGGAGGUGGGGGAUUUUCCCUGUGGAGAGGAGCCUCCUGCCAGGCAGUGUGAGAGUGGGACCACGUGCAGGGAGUACUGGCAGGGCCCCAACUACGGCAUCACCAACUUUGACAACAUCCUGUUCGCCGUGCUCACCGUGUUCCAGUGCAUCACCAUGGAGGGCUGGACUGACAUCCUCUACAACACGAACGACGCUGCAGGAAACACCUGGAACUGGCUUUACUUCAUCCCUCUCAUCAUCAUUGGCUCUUUCUUCAUGCUCAACUUGGUGCUGGGCGUCUUAUCAGGGGAGUUUGCCAAGGAGCGGGAGCGGGUGGAGAACCGCCGGGCGUUCCUGAAGCUGCGCCGGCAGCAGCAAAUCGAGCGGGAGCUCAACGGGUACCUGGAGUGGAUCUUCAAAGCAGAGGAGGUCAUGCUGGCCGAGGAGGACAAGAACGCGGAGGAGAAGUCCCCUCUGGACGUGUUGAAAAGAGCCGCAAUAAAGAAGAGCAAAAAUGACCUGAUUCAUGCAGAAGAAGGUGAGGACCAUUUCACAGACAUUUGCUCCGUUGGGUCUCCCUUUGCCCGUGCCAGUUUGAAGAGUGGGAAGAACGAGAGCUCGUCCUACUUCAGGAGGAAGGAGAAGAUGUUCCGCUUCUUCAUCCGGCGCAUGGUGAAGGCUCAGAGCUUCUACUGGGUCGUGCUCUGCGUGGUGGCCCUCAACACCCUGUGUGUGGCCAUGGUGCACUAUGACCAGCCUGAGAAGCUGACCACUGCUCUCUAUUUCGCUGAGUUUGUUUUCCUGGGGCUGUUCCUCACUGAGAUGUCUUUGAAGAUGUAUGGGCUGGGGCCAAGGAAUUACUUCCACUCUUCCUUCAACUGCUUUGACUUUGGGGUCAUCGUGGGCAGCAUUUUUGAGGUGAUUUGGGCUGCAGUGAAGCCGGGAACCUCCUUCGGCAUCAGCGUCCUGCGAGCCCUGCGCCUGCUCAGGAUCUUCAAGGUGACAAAGUACUGGAAUUCCCUGAGGAAUCUGGUGGUGUCCUUGCUGAACUCCAUGAAGUCCAUCAUCAGUUUGCUGUUCCUGCUCUUCCUGUUCAUCGUGGUCUUUGCUCUGCUGGGGAUGCAGCUCUUUGGAGGACAGUUCAAUUUCCAAGAUGAAACUCCAACCACGAAUUUCGAUACCUUCCCUGCUGCCAUCCUCACAGUCUUCCAGAUCCUGACAGGGGAGGACUGGAAUGCUGUGAUGUACCACGGGAUCGAGUCGCAGGGCGGUGUCCACUCGGGGAUGUUCUCCUCCAUCUACUUCAUCGUCCUCACCCUGUUUGGCAACUAUACUCUCCUGAACGUCUUCCUGGCCAUCGCUGUGGACAACCUGGCCAACGCCCAGGAGCUGACCAAGGACGAGGAGGAGAUGGAGGAAGCCACCAACCAGAAGCUGGCCCUGCAGAAGGCCAAGGAAGUGGCAGAAGUGAGCCCCAUGUCAGCAGCCAACAUCUCCAUAGCUGCCAAGCAGCAGAAUUCCUCCAAAUCCAAGUCGGUUUGGGAGCAGAGGACGAGCCAGAUCCGGAUGCACAACUUCCGAGCCAGCUGCGAGGCGCUGUACAACGAGCUGGACCCCGAGGAGCGGGUCCGCUACGCCACCACCCUGCACAUCCGCCCCGACAUGAAAACGCACCUGGACCGGCCGCUGGUGGUGGAGCCCCGCGGCGAGGGCAGGAACAACAUCAGCAAGCUGAGCCCCGGCGAUGCCCAGGAGGUGGUGGAGCACCCCAAACCCACCGCCGGCGAUGGGGCAGAGGCGCCGCGGAAGCACCACCGGCAUCGGGACAAGGAGAAGCUGGGAGAGCAGGAGAAGGGAGACGGGACCAAGGAUGAGAGCGGCGACGCCGGGGCGGGCGGCAAGGAGGAGAGGCACCGGCAGCACCGCAGCCGCAGCAAGGAGGUGGAAGGGAAAAGCGACCGAAGCAGGGGGCAGGAAGGGGGGAAGAGGCACCACCGGCGCGGCUCGGUGGAGGAAGGGGCUGACAAGGAGCACCGCAGGCACCGCAGCCACCGGCACCCGUCCGAGCGGCCGGGCAAGGACGGGAACGGCAACGGGAGCCGCGGCGAGCGGCGCUCCCGGCACCGCGGCGCGCCCCGCAGCGCGCACAGGGACGGGGAGCCCCGGGCAGAGAGCGGGGACGAGCCCCACCGCCGGCACCGCCUCAGGAACAGGGCUCUGGCCGCCUGCGAGGCCCUGGAGAAGGACGGCGGCGACAAGGAGGGCGAGGCUGGCGACAAGGAGCACCGCAAUCACCAGCCCAAGGAGAACCAGUGUGAGCUGGAGGCCAGUGGCAGUGGCAGUGGCCCUGGGAGUGUCCCUGUGCACACCCUGCCCAGCACUUACCUGCAGAAGGUGCCUGAGCAGCCGGAGGAUGCCGACAACCAGAAGAACGUGACGAGGAUGAUUCAGCCCCCCCUGGACAAAACCACCACUGUGAACAUCCCUGUCACCAUCACUGCCCCUCCAGGGGACACCACUGUCAUCCCAAUGAACAACGUGGAGUUCGAAAGCAAAACAGAGGAGAAGAAAGACGUCGAUGACUUGACGAAAAAUGGGCCCAAACCAAUCCUGCCUUACAGUUCCAUGUUCAUCCUCAGCCCCACAAACCCGAUCCGGCGCCUGUUCCACUACAUCGUCAACCUGCGCUACUUUGAGAUGGUGAUCCUGAUCGUCAUCGCCCUCAGCAGCAUCGCCCUGGCUGCAGAGGACCCUGUGCAAGCUGAGUCUCCCAGGAAUGAUGCUCUGAAAUACCUGGAUUAUAUAUUUACAGGAGUCUUCACCUUUGAGAUGGUGAUCAAGAUGAUUGACUUGGGGCUGCUGCUCCACCCUGGCUCCUACUUCCGUGACCUGUGGAAUAUCCUGGACUUCAUUGUGGUCAGUGGGGCCCUCGUGGCUUUUGCCUUCUCAGGAACCAAAGGCAAGGACAUCAACACCAUCAAGUCCCUGCGAGUCCUGCGUGUUCUCAGGCCUCUGAAGACCAUAAAACGGCUGCCAAAACUGAAGGCUGUCUUUGACUGCGUGGUGAACUCCCUGAAGAACGUCCUCAACAUCCUCAUCGUUUACAUGCUCUUCAUGUUCAUCUUCGCCGUCAUCGCCGUGCAGCUCUUCAAGGGCCGCUUCUUCUACUGCACGGACGAGUCCAAGGAGCUGGAGAAGGACUGCAGGGGUCAGUACCUCGAUUAUGAAAAAAAUGAGGUGGAGGCACAGCCCAGGGAAUGGAAAAAAUACGAGUUCCACUACGACAACGUGCUCUGGGCUCUGCUCACGCUCUUCACCGUGUCCACAGGGGAAGGGUGGCCAACUGUGCUGAAGCACUCAGUGGAUGCCACCUACGAGGAACAGGGGCCCAGCCCUGGCUACAGGAUGGAAAUGUCCAUCUUUUACGUGGUGUAUUUUGUUGUCUUCCCUUUUUUCUUUGUCAACAUCUUUGUGGCGUUAAUCAUCAUCACCUUCCAGGAGCAAGGAGAUAAAGUGAUGUCAGAGUGCAGCCUCGAGAAAAACGAGAGAGCCUGCAUAGACUUUGCCAUAAGUGCCAAGCCCCUGACCCGCUACAUGCCUCAGAACAAGCAAUCCUUCCAGUACAAGAUGUGGAAAUUCGUGGUGUCCCCUCCCUUUGAGUAUUUUAUCAUGGUCAUGAUUGCUCUCAACACCAUCGUCCUCAUGAUGAAGUUCUAUGAUGCUCCAGAAGCAUACGAAGAAAUGCUGAAAUGCCUGAAUAUUGUGUUUACAUCCAUGUUUUCCAUGGAAUGUGUGCUGAAGAUCAUUGCCUUUGGUGUGCUGAAUUAUUUCCGAGAUGCCUGGAAUGUCUUUGAUUUUGUAACAGUGUUGGGAAGUAUUACUGAUAUUUUAGUAACAGAGAUUGCGGACACGGACAACUUCAUCAACCUCAGCUUCCUGCGGCUCUUCCGGGCAGCCAGGCUCAUCAAGCUCCUCCGCCAGGGCUACACCAUCCGCAUCCUGCUCUGGACGUUCGUGCAGUCCUUCAAGGCCUUGCCUUAUGUGUGUCUCCUCAUUGCAAUGCUCUUCUUCAUCUAUGCCAUUAUUGGCAUGCAGGUAUUUGGGAACAUUGCCUUAGAUGAUGAAACCUCCAUUAAUCGGCACAACAACUUCCGGACCUUCCUCCAAGCCCUGAUGCUCCUCUUCAGGAGUGCUACGGGGGAAGCCUGGCACGAGAUCAUGUUGUCCUGCUUGAGCAACAGAGCCUGUGACCCCCUCUCUGGCCUCACCAAAAAGGAAUGUGGCAGUGAUUUUGCCUAUUUCUACUUCGUGUCAUUCAUUUUCCUCUGCUCCUUCCUGAGGCCAGACAAAAUCAAGGGAAUAAAAAGCACUUCUAUUUAUUGGGGGCCUUCAGAUCUCUGUUUUCUUGUCUGCCUUCCCUUCUCUCUGCCCUCCUUUUCAUUUGCUCCACUGUGUUGCCUCUCCCCCACCCCCUCCCCGUUCUCCUCUCCUCAAUCCGGUUGGAUUCCUGUGUCCUGGUGCUUUUGCCUCCAUCCCUGUGGUCCCAGCGGGCGCAUCAGUUACACAGACAUGUAUGAGAUGCUGAGACACAUGUCCCCACCUCUAGGCCUUGGGAAGAAAUGCCCAGCUCGUGUUGCCUAUAAGCGCCUGGUGAGGAUGAACAUGCCCAUCUCUCCCGAGGAUUUAACCGUGCACUUCACCUCCACGCUGAUGGCCCUGAUCCGAACAGCCCUGGAGAUCAAACUGGCCUCAGGAGGUGUGAAGCAGCACCAGUGUGAUGCUGAGCUGAGGAAGGAGAUCUCUCUGGUCUGGCCCAACCUGUCCCAGAAGACUCUGGAUUUGCUGGUGCCUCCUCACAAACCUGAUGAGAUGACUGUGGGGAAGGUCUAUGCAGCCCUGAUGAUAUUUGACUUCUACAAGCAGAAUAAGAACAGCAGGGAGCAAGUCCAGCCCCCUGGGGGCCUGUGCCAGCCCGGGCCAGUGUCCCUGUUCCACCCCCUGAAGGCCACCCUGGAGCAGAGCCAGCCCACGAGCUUCAGCAACGCCAAGGCUUUCCUGCGCCAGAAGAGCUCGGCCUCCCUCAACAACGGGGGAGCCCUGCCACCCCCAGAGGGAGGGAUCAAAGAGUCCAGUUCUUGGGGGACCCAGCGCACCCAGGACGUGUUUUAUGAAACCAGGAGCCCAGCCUUUGAGCGAGGCCACUCCGAGGAGAUCCCCAUUGAGAGGGUGGUGGAAAUGAAGGAGAUCAGCCCCACAGUUGCCAACGGAGAGCCCCAGCCAGGCCUGGAGAGCCAGGGCCGGGCAGCCUCCAUGCCUCGCCUGGCUGCUGAAACCCAGCCCAUCCCGGACACCAGCCCCAUGAAGCGCUCGGUCUCCACGCUGGCCCCGCAGCGCCCUCACGCCAUGCACCUCUACGAGUACUCCCUGGAGAGGAUGCCUCCGGAGCAGGGCCACCACCACCACCACCACCGCUGCCACCGGCGCAAGGAGAAGAAGCAGAAGUCCUUGGAUAGGGCCGCCCAUCACCUGCCUGAUGGACAAGCUGUAGGCCAGUCUGGAGAGUCUUCUUCCAAGGACAAGAAGCAGGAGCGUGGCCGCUCCCAGGAGAGGAAGCAGCACUCCUCCUCCUCCUCCGAAAAGCAGCGCUUCUACUCCUGCGACCGCUACGGCAGCCGGGACCGCGCCCAGCCCAAAUCUGCUGAGCAGAGCAGGCCCACCUCCCCCAACGGGGGCCCAGAGCACGGCCCGCACAGACAGGGCAGUGGUUCAGUUAAUGGGAGCCCCUUGCUGUCGACAUCUGGUGCUAAUACCCCCUGCCGGGGUCGGAGGCAGCUCCCACAGACUCCACUGACCCCACGCCCCAGCAUCACUUACAAGACCGCUAACUCCUCGCCCGUGCACUUCGCCACGUUCCAAACCCCCCCGUUCUCCCCGGGCCGCCUGAGCCGCGGGCUGUCCGAGCACAACGCGCUGCUGCGGGGCGACCCCCCCCCCCCCCCCCCCCCCCCCCGCGACGCCGCCGCCGCCAGCCCGCAGCGCGCCGCGCACGAGGACGCGCUCACCUUCGAGGAGGCCGUGGCCACCAACUCGGGCCGCUCCUCGAGGACUUCCUACGUCUCCUCGCUGACCUCGCAGCCGCACCAAACCCGCCGCGUGCCCAACGGGUACCACUACACGCUGGGGCUCAGCGCGGGCCCCGGCGCCCGAGGACGCAGUUACUACCACGAGGCCGAUGAGGAUGACUGGUGCUAGCGGCUCGGCGGAACCCUGCGAGGUGUGCGUGCUUAAUAAGGAUGAGUUUUAUCAUCUGGAGGGCUGGGAGCUCCCACGGGGGCCCGGGGCCAGAGGUGGCCGGCGGGGCAGCCCUGAGAACUGCUCAGCGCCCGGGGCCGGAGAUGCCCCUGCAGCCUCUCUCUCCUCUGUUGUUCUUUAGGGUUUUUUUUUCUUUUUGAUUUGGUUUUUUUUUUUUUUUUGCACUAGACAGAUGGAGGAAGAAGGCUCCCUCCUUCUGGGGAAGGCAGCGGGAGGAGCACAUCCCUCUCUGCCCCCUCCCCACUGCCUUGUCUAGUCCCGAGACACGCACCAGGCGCCAACCCGGCCACGAGGAGCCGGGAGAAGAGCGAUCCUCACCUUCCACCGUGGAAAAGCAGAACUGUGGGUCCUUCUCGAGAUUGGCGCAGUUUUGUUGGGCUCUUUCCUAAUUAAUUUCCCAUCAUAAUUCCCCGCUGGCAGGGCGGGAGCCGGGGGUCGCAGAGGGACUCGCGCCAACAACGCUCGGCCCCCGCGUUUUGUCUCGUCGAGCGCCGAGAAGGAAGUGAUGCACCCAAGAAACUGGGAGAGGAGAAACACAGCCCAGAACAAAGGACAGUCCUUUGGGACUUGAUGUUCAGCCACUGCAAUCCUUUAGGGCAGAGCUGGUGCCACCCCCCCGAGCUGACCCUGCUGUGACACCGCUGCCCUGGGGUCUCUAAUGUCACUCACCACAUCGGGUCCUUCACACCGACAGACACACGGUAAAGCCACAAGAGAGCUCCUUUGGAAGGACUGUUUCCUUGCUGCUGAGACUUUUCAAUCCAUCCCUCUCUCCUGUUGACUGCAACACGCCCUCACUGUUUUGUCUUGUUUACAAUAUAAGCUUGAUUUAGCAAAAAAUAA